AUGAUAGACGAAUAUGCUUAUAAUUUCCUUUUUCCAUUAAGUUCAAUUGGAUCUUCAGGUACCUCUGUAUCAAGUAGGACUAAUGGGCAACUUGAUGAUUUUGAUUCAUCCUAUUAUUCAUUGUCAAAUUUACGUAAACCUGAGAUUUGCGCAUACAAAUCGAUAUUAAGAAACAAUGAUUUAAACAAUUGUGAUUAUUUUCAAUCCUCGGUUUCCCAACCCAGCAAUUCACAAGAUACUACAAAUGAUAUUCAGAAUUUAAGGGAUUCAAACAUUUGUUAUUCUAAUGCAGAUGAAAUUAACAAAGAAAUAAAGUCGACAAAUACUGAACCAGGAUUUAUCGUUGCGCUUUCGUCGUUUCUAACUCAAAUUGCGACAUCUAACUCAUCGAAUUCAUCAUGUAAUGUAGGGGUUUUGACUCCGUUUCACUCUGUUUGCAUUCCUCCAAUCCCUAUUCGAUCAUAUUUAAUCAGGCUAGCUCAGAACUUUGGUUGUAGCAAUGAAUGUUUUGUAUUGGCUAUCAUUUAUGUCGGAAGAAUUAUAAAGUAUAAUAGGAACUUCACAGUUACUCUAUUAAAUGUGCACAGAGUAAUCGUUACAGCACUUAUUCUAGCAACAAAAUUUUUUGAUGACAUCUAUUAUAGUAAUGCAUUUUAUGCUAAGAUUUCAGGUGUUGGAACACGCGAACUUAACUCCCUUGAAAUUCAUUUUCUGAGACUUAUUAGAUUUCAGCUUUUUGUAACUGAACAUGAAUAUGAAAUACAUAAGUGUUGCAUUAUAAAAUCGGCAAUACCACAUUCAGCAAUACCUUCCUUACCUCUAAGUAUGUUCAAUAAAAAGGCUCCUGAUGAUUUGGGAAAUAAUGGCCAGUCAAAGGAUCUUAACUUUAUUGGGGAAAGGAAACGAUUACCUUUACAGAAUUCUUCCCCAUACAACUGUAAUUACCCAACCAUUUAUAAUUCAUUUCCACAUGUAAAGAAACCAGAGAAUCGUGACACACAAUCCAUGUUAAUUGCUGAGUACUCUUUGAAUAACCAAGGCCAUCCUACCAGCAGUUUGUAUGCACGUCAGUUAAAUUCGAUCUUUAAUUCUAACACUGAGUUGUCUAUGAACUGCGAUUUUUGUUCUAAAAGACCAUCCGAAAUUAGCAUUAAUUCUGAAUUGGCGCCUUUUCCGCAAUGCUCACAAAACGACUAUAGCGUCUUUUCUGAAAAAUGGAUUUCGCAACAAUAUGCUCUUAAUAAUCCUGGCUCUUUGAACCGAAAAAUUCAGGAGAAAUUUGAUAACACCAAUAAAAAACGUGACUUAACCAAAGAUGAUAUGUUUUCGUAUGAAGUUGACGUAAUCCCAUCUACACAAAGCUCUAAAAUAGGAAGUGAUUACCUUUCUGUAAACUUGAAACAUUUACCCACACAUUUUAAUAACAGAUACGCUAAUAGGCAAGCAGAUAACACUGAAUGUACAUAUAACAAUAACCUAAAUAGCUCUAGCUAUUCCAAAACCGAAAUUCAACCGAGCAAUUUGUCUCAACACCAAAUUGAACUGUCAGAGAUUCAAGUAUCUAACAUGCAUCCAGAAUACAAAAAUGUGAUUAAUCCUAAUAACACUUUAUAUUCCAACGAUAUGGGAUUUUAUGGAUCAAUAAAUACAUCUGAUAUAAACGUAUUUUCUGCAGCAAACGCUAUUACAUCCUCAACAGUAAGAUUAGUUAACCCAACAGUUAAUCACUAUGGACAACAUAUUUUUUUGAAUCCUUAUAGUAUCCGAUGCACUACUGGUAUAGAUCGAAGAUUGCUUGUUUAA